AUGUGUGGCAUUUGGCUCUCCCUCUGCAACUCUUCUCCUCUGCUCCCUCUUUCCGCUAUGUACAGCUCUGAUCUAUCUUUAGCCCUGUCCUCUGCGCCACAUGCGCUCUGGCGUUUGGCACAUGAUCCAGUAACCGAGGGGGACCUUUACGCGCGGACUUCACCUGUUUGUUCUUCUUUACGCGCGGGGCCUGCAUGGGCUUUCCCCCGGCAGCGGUGCGUGAGUGUUUGGGUCCUGAGUGACUGGAGGCUGGGAGACUGUAGGAGCCGCUCCACACGCACACGUACACACACCGGUGCCAACAUGGAGAUGAGGCGCGCGUCGUGGCUCCCGGCUGGACUGGCGCUGUGCCUGGCAGCUGCCAUCCUGCCCUCCAUCUCCGCUUGCGACCGUGGUGACUACCGAAUGCUCAUUGGAGACUUCUGCCUGACUAAAUUCCGCUUGGACAUGGAGGCCUUGGACCGCAGCCUCUGGUGCAGCUGGCCCCGGACAAUGGAGUGA